UAGAUAGAUAGAUAGAUAGAUAGAUAGAUGGAUGGAUGGAUGGAUGGAUAGAUAGAUAGAUAGAUAGAUAGAUAGAUAGAUAGAUAGAUGGAUGGAUGGAUGGAUGGAUGGAUGGAUGGAUGGAUAGAUAGAUAGAUAGAUAGAUAGAUAGAUAGAUAGAUAGAUAAAUCUCACUAUUUCGCUGUUUACGUUUGUUUUUCAGUAUCAACAACGAACAACUCAUCCAGGGCUCUUGGCCUCUUGCUUUCAUCCGUUGCCUGGGCAACAGGGGAGGUCAAAUCGAUGACGGCGGUAAAAGGAGACUUGUUUUUCCCCCUUGAAUAAUUCACAGAGCAGUCCGAGUCAAGCCGGUGAGGACAAAGAUAUCAACAGGACAGCUUAUUUGCUUAUUUGCAUGCGCGUGGCAGAUACAUCAGACGUGUAGGCUUUUCAAAAGGCGGGAGAAUCUGAUGAUGCGAAGCAAAUAAUUUUAGUAUGCAAGUCUGGAUCUGAGUUAUUUAUCAUAAGACAUCGUUUUGAAGAGUAUGACAAUCAAUACUGAUUUCCAAGUUCAAAAGAGUUAGGUGCGUUAUUCUCUUGUUCGUCUGCUGACAAAUGAAAGUGAUGUAUGCUAAGUUGCAAAGAAUUUAGAACUAGGUAUUCAAUCAAACAACAUUAAUUUGUUAGUCAAUGUGAUUUACCCUGUGAUUCUCCAAGGCACAACAUCAAACUGAGGUGAUGUAGCUGAGCAAACCCAGCGGCCAUGGUUGGUCUUAUGAGGUCUCCCAGUCUUCAACAUCGCGAAUGCCACCAGGUUCUUGACACGGAUGAUUGCUUCUUGCCAAACGAUAACGCCGAAAGGGAUUUUACAGCCAAAGACGGGAACUUUAGCAGACUAGCCCGGUGCGUGGUUUUCAGACACGGGUUUCUAGCCAUGGAGGACAACUCAGAGAGCGAAAUCGCCGUCUCGAAUGAAGUUACCAAACGACAAGAGUCAAAACAGAGACAUAAGUUUGGCAGGCUGAAUUCCAGAGGAUGGUUCAACAAGUCUUUUGACCAGGCUGCGAUGCCUGGAAGUUCCGGACAAACUACCAGCAAGAGUAUAAAACGACAAAACUCUGUUUCCGAUUUUUUUCAGCAUGUACUGAACAAAAGUAGGUCACACAUUCAAGAUCUGUUUUCGGCGCGUUUAAAAGAAAAACCAAAGCGAAGGUCUACAGCUUCAGGUAGUGAGGAAAUAACGGAUAAAUCUGACAUUGUCGGUGCGGAAGGCGGCGUGCAAAGCUCCUCUCCAACAGAAGUUUCUAGUGACCAGCCGCCCACUCUUCACAGUUCAUGCCCGAGCUUUAAGUACGACUCGUCAGAGUCACAGUGGGCCAAUCCAGUGAUAAGCUUUGAUCCAGAUCCAAGCUUUGAAAGCAGGGAACGGCGCUUGUCUUCCAUAUCGAAUCGCUGUUACGACAUCUCUAACUUCCAUUGCGAUGGCGAAUACAGGCCAAUUGUAAAAAAUCCGGGCUCUGCAUUCACAAGUGAAAGUGACCUUUUAUCUUCCAAGCGCCAUCCGAGCUCGUGCUCGCCGAUACAUCUACGGACUCAAAAUUCCCCUUCGAUCAGCCCGAUCCGAAACCGCGCUCCCAAAAUCGCCAUGUUACCAUCUUUCGAUUUCGCUGGAACAGAACGCUUCUCUUCCAAAUGUGAUUCAUCUUUAGCAGCAGGAGGAAGUAAACCCAACACACGCAGUCUGUCGUCUGCUUUGCUGUCUGCUGAAGACGAAGGAGUGUGCAGAAGCAAAAGAGCUCUCGUGAAAAGCAACUCAGACACGUUUGCUAGGCUGGCGGCUGCUCCACAGUCUCUGGCUAAAGCUUCUUCAGAUGGAGACUGCUUUAAGAAAAGCCCAUCAGCGUCAUUGGCGUCCAGCAUGACGUCUUUGGGAAGUAUCAUGUGCGGCGUGACGGAUUAUCUUUUCCUGGGCAGCGUCGAUGCGGCGUACAAUGACCCGCUUCUUUGCAAGUACAACAUUUCGUCACUGGUGGACAUGUCUAACAUUAGCCCUUCCGCUAUCCCGGCGUUGAAGAAAUCAGACUGCCCGUGCGCAUGCGUCAAUAAAACUCACUUCCGCUCUAAGCUGAACAUUGGUAUCAAUGAUAUAGAGUGGGAGAACAUAGAACAGUACUUUGACGACAUCAACGCCUUCAUCAACGGAGCCAGGAGGAACAAUCGCCGCGUCCUAGUUUUCAGCUACCUUGGCCAGUCGAGGGCGCCCGCCGCAGUCAUUCAGCAUCUUAUGCAGCAUUUUAGAAUGUCGUACGACGACGCUCUCAACAUCGUCCGCGCCAAGAGAGCACAAGUCAAGCUGAAUUCAGGUUUUGUCAAAGCUCUCUGUCGCUUAGAGCAGCGCCUGAAUUUACAGAAUGUGGCGCCAGAGAAUGACGCAGUCCCAUCUUGCCCGCCAGAGACUCAGAGAUCGUCUUUAAACUCUUUAGUUGAUAUUGACUCGCUAUCGGUGCCUCCUGUAGUUAAAGGGGCCUGGCUUGAAUGUUGAGACUAUUUAAAAAAAAUAAGCAUGACUCCGUGAUAUUUAUUUGUAUAGAUUUGAAUGUUGACACCACAGAACUAUACAUACAAAAUCUAGACUGGAAAUCGGAAACAAAUUCUUAUCCGCGAUUGAUCAAUUCACAGACCUAUAGAAAGACUUUUAUGUACGUACUAUUUUUCAACCUGUAAAGGAAUUCGCCACAAAUCUAGGAAAAUCAAUCUUUUCUGUCUUAGAAAAGUAAUGAUCUUUAGUUUUCAAAGUUUAGAAAUAAUGCAAAAUCAUUUCUCGGAUUUUCUUUAGAAUGGGCUAUUCACAGAACUAUAUAUUCACGCAAAUAUAUUAAACAAAACCAUUUCCUGUUAGUUUCCAUUGAGAUAAUGUUUAAAAAAUCCUAGAUCGAAAUAAUUCAUGUCUGUUGAUUUUAAUCAUCUUAUGUACAUUUAAAUAGAUUGAUUACCUAGAUCUUUCUAGAUUAUGUAUCUAAAAAAUGCAAAAUAAUAAGGGACUUCAUUCACCAAUCGUAAACAAACAACAUUGAGCCACCUGAUUCUCUAUCUCUUCUAUACAAAUUACGAUCUAAUUUUAAUCAACAAUGGUUAUCACGUGACAGUUUUUUUUUGUUUCAUCAAUAUUAUCACGUGACCGUUCGUUUUGGUGAAUGAGAUUCAUUCAGAGGAGAGUACUCUUACUUUUUAUUUUCAAUUACUAGAUCUAAAUCUAAACAUUUAUUAAUAUGUUACAUAGGUUAGGGUUGAAAAAAAAAACUUUACUUCUUAUAACUACUUUACAAAACAACGCCUUGUUUCAACUUUUAAAAACAUUUUCACGACAUUUUUUGUAGUGUUAAAAGAUCUCCUUGUCCAGUCUAGAUGUAAUAUAUACAUGUCUGUGGUUGACACUAUUAAAAAUAAGCAUGACUCCGUAUUAUUUAUUUGUAUAGACAACUUUAUUAAAACAUUCCAGGCUUUAA